UAUUAUCGCGCCAUGUCCCUCCCAUUCCAUUCUUUCACAGCUACGAGAGAAAGAGGGGUUAAUAAUCUCUGAGUCCAAACAAAUCAAAUCAUGUAUAUUUAUAGAGAGAGAAAGUGAGUCCAGGUAGAGAGAGAAAACAUUUCAGAGAGAAAGGGAGCUCUGUGGAAACGCCAAGGGUCACAUUGUCGUCGUUAAUGGCGACUGGUUGGGUCAAGUCGUUACAGUGCAAAUCAAGAGCACAAGACGACGUCGUUCACUUCCACCACCUCAUACCCACCGGUUCAAGUUGCAGACAGAGCGUUCAAAACCUCAAAGACGUCGUCGAAGCCGCCAAACACAAACCCAGAAAACCAAAACCACCACCACCUCCACCGCUGCCCAGAAAAUUCAAACCGCCACCGCCGGCGUUACAGAAACAACCCAGUUCCAGAAAACCCGAAACCAUGCCUGCCCAUCAGCCCCAUCGGGUCCGACCAAGCACCUCCACGCGCCGUUCACGUGCCCCAGACCCAUUCCUUCCAUCUCUCACUGAGCUGCCGGAGGGCCACCCUUCACGCAAUGUCGUCGAGAUAAUCUUCCACACCAGCUGGUCGCCGAAAGCAUUUUCCGGCCGGAUCGAAAUGGUGUUCAAGGUACAGAACUUGACCCGAACCGUGACCAGGUUUGAGGAAUACAGAGAGGUGGUCAAGUCCAGAGCUGGUUCCGGGGGUGGCGCAGCCGUGGACGGUGGCUGUGAAGACCACGCGCGGUGUGUUGCGGAUGGGAACGAGGUAAUGAGGUUUCAUUGCUUGGGGCCCACCAACGCAGGGGUGUACGACGCAGGAGGCGGCGCGUGGGCGUUUCACGGUGGGAAGGGUGGGGCCGCGAUAUGCACGUUCGCCGGGAGCGGUGGGGCCCACGAGAAUGCGGGUGGUGGGAGGGGGAGGAGGGCGAUGUUGGUCUGCCGGGUCAUAGCAGGUCGGGUAUGCAAUCAACUCGGUUUCGACUCGAUGUUGGAGGACCGAGUCGGAUAUGACUCGGUGAGUGGGGAUAGCAGCGAGUUGUUGGUGUUCGAUUCACGUGCGGUAUUGCCUUGUUUUCUUAUCAUCUACAAAUUGUAAAAAAAACCUUGGAAGAAGUAAGAACUCUACUUGCAUUUAUCAAUUCCGAUUUUCUUUCUGCUUUGCUCUCUUUUUUUGGGUUGUAAUUAUAGAAAAUUGGGUUGAUAAAUGUUAUGUUUACCAUUUUUUUUUUUUUUUU